AUGAAUGCAACCAUUAGUAAGCGUCAAAAUAAUAGUAAUGAUAAAGCUUAUAAUGAUAAGAAAAGAAGAGUUACUUUAACCAAUGCUCAAAGAUAUGCUUUAUGUCUUCAAAAAAAGAAUGAACCCAGUAUUAAGAAUUAUGAACUUGCUGCUAAAUAUGGUAUUGGAGUAUCAACAUGUAGUGAAAUUUUAGCCAAGUCAGACUAUUGGUUAUCCAUUAAUCCAGAUUCAAAUGAAGCAACUCAUAAGCGAAGCAAAGCACCAGUUUUUACGAAUGUCGAAUCAGCAGUUGCACUUUGGGUAAAAUAUGUGAUAGGCAAUAAGCAAACUUUAACAGGAUAUCUUAUACAAAAUAAGGCAAAAGAAUUUGCGGUAUUACUAAAUGAGGAUAAAUUUAACGCUUCAAAUGGAUGGUUACAUAAUUUUAAGUUACGCCACAAUAUUCGUGAAUAUAAGCGGCAGGGUGAAGCAGAUAGUGCUCCCUUGGAUAAACUACCUGAAUUUCAAAGCAAACUGCAAGAUGUUAUUCAGCCCUAUAGGCUUGAAGAUGUUUUUAACUGUGAUAAAACUAGUUUGUAUUAUCGGAUGGAACCUUCUC